AUGAAAGUGAAGAAAAACGUUCUCAUCGGUUGUACCGGCAGUGUGGCAACGAUUAAGCUUCCCAUGCUGGUGGAAAAACUGCACCAGCUAACCGAUUUUGAGGUGGAGGUACACGUAAUAGUAACCGAACAUGCCCGGCACUUCUUCUCGCCGGAUGAUCUCGCCGAUACGGUCACCCUACACACAGACGAAGAAGAAUGGACGAGCUGGCAGAAGCGGGGUGACCCAGUACUACACAUCGAGCUUGGCAAAUGGGCCGAUCUGCUCGUCAUUGCACCACUCGAUGCUAACAGCCUUGCAAAGAUGGCCAGCGGUUUGUGCGACAAUCUGUUGCUCUGUACGACCCGUGCCUGGGACCCAGCGAAACCAUUGCUUUUCUGCCCGGCCAUGAACACGCGUAUGUGGCAACAUCCGAUUACUGAACUUCAAAUAGCAACCCUAAAGUCUUGGGGCCACCGAGAGAUACCGUGUAUCGCGAAAACACUCAUGUGUGGUGAUACGGGAUUGGGUGCGAUGGCAGAAGUAGACACGAUCGUUAGUACAAUCAGGGAAACGUUAUUAGAACAAAGAUGAUUACAAAAUAUAAAGCGUGUUUACAAACCUCUA